CGAAAUGAACUGGAAAUUUAGCUUUUUCGUUAUUUUUACGGUUUUAGUUGUUCUGGGGGAGAGCCGUAGAAGACCCACUUCCAUGCAGGUGCCAUGCAUAUUUGUAAGACUGCCGCAAGCCUGUCGUAAGAAUUCACAAAACGUUCUUGUGGCCACCCUAUGACAUGCAGGAUUUUGCAAGACAGCUGUAUGAAUGCCUUAAGUCAGAGUUACAUUAUACAGAUGGAGCUAGGGGUGGUAGGUCUGGAGGUGGCUACAGAUCAUCUAGCUCAAGGUCAAGGUCAAGAUCAAGGUCAAGUACUAGCAGGUCAAGUUCAUCAAAGAUAAGGAACUAUAAAGGUCCUUCAUACACAAAGGGGUCAUGGAAGACGGCAGCAGCUGUCGGGGUAGUUUUCGGGUUGAUGAGCUACAAAAGUAGGCGAAUGUACAUGAGCUAUCCUAAUAGAGAACCCAGGAUAUGCUUCAAUGAAAAGAAUCUUCGCAAUGGAACGUAUGGGUAUUUUAUAUGUCCGGAGGAAGGUCAGAAAGAUGACAUGGCAUACUGCUGUGGAAGUGAGGGUGAACAGAAAUGUUGCACGUAUACUGACAAAUCUGCAGAGGGGCGUAUUGCAGGCAUUGUGGUGGGCGUGGUUGUUGGUUGUGUAAUAAUUGGAGUGGUUGUGUAUUGUUUCUGUGUAAGGAGGCGUCGGCAACAGCAAGCAAAGGGUGGAGUUAUCCUGAGUGAUAAUACUAAAUCAACAGAUGUUGGUGGGACGUAUAUACCAGAGCAGCAGCCUCUCAAAUAUCAAGAUUAUAGUAGUGGAGGAGGGCAGCAAUUUCCUAUGCAGUCAUACAAUACCCAGCCAGGGUUUGGAUCUCCACAAGCGUAUGAUCCAAAUGCCCAAGGACUUCCUUACUCUACAAAUCCAGGAGUUCCUGGCACAACUUCCUAUCCCCCACCAGAUGGUCCCGGAGCCUAUCCACAAGGACCAAACCCCUAUCCACCACCACCAGAACCAAGGUUUGAAGGCCAACCUCCGUAUCAAGGGGCUCCAGCUCCUAUUGGAUUUGCAGGAUCAGAGUCAUACCCACAGCCACCUCCAGGCACUAACCCAGAAGGAUAUCCCCCACCUACAGGGCCAGAGUCCUACCCCCAGCCACCACCUGGGUCAGAGUCAUACCCACAACCACCCCCAGGGUCUUACCCAGGAGGAUUUGUGCCACCUACAGGAACAGUACCGUCAGCGCCUCCACCAAGCUAUGAUUCUACCAAGUAAAUGUCUUACAGAAAUCUGUCUUUGGGAAAGAAGUUUUCAAAAUCAAAAUAGGCCUAAGAGCAUCUUUUGAUUGUCGGUUAAAACUUGCUUUCACUAUAGAUGUCCAUAAGUUAAACACAGGAUGAGUGUAUUCUCGUUGCAUAUGUUUUAUUAAGGUAGUGGAUCCAUGAUGAAAGUCGUCAAAUUAUGUAAUCGUUAUGCAAUCUCGGCAUUCUCUGCUUUUAUACGAAAAGCCAUAUGCACUCUGAUCUAUGUUAACGUCCAAGGAAUGCCGAAUAUCUUAAACGAAAAUAUGUAAUCGCACAGAAGUUGCUGAGUGUCAUAACAGAUCCGGUACCUUAAAUUCAUUUUGAUAAUUUUUAAAAGACUUUAUAAUAUUACAGAAAAUUUCUUUACCUGCUUACCCAUUUACCCAACUUGACAAUGAUAAUUACUUUUCUCAAGUAAGUGAACAAAAUCUGUAGAUAAUCUGAAAGUAUUUAACAUGAGUUAUGACUAUUUAUUAUAAUAAAUAAUUCAACAUACCAGCAAGACUGGUACAUUUUAUUAAAGAAGGAAUGGACACUGAAUUUGGGCUCAGGGAAAGCAAGGAUUACAUACACUUCUUCCCUUUUUAGCUCACCUGUCAUAAAGUGACAAGGUGAGCUUUUGUGAACGCGCGGUGUCCGUCA